AUGAGCUAUGUCCCUGGGCAUGCUGUAGACACCUCUCCAAGGAAAAAAGGAAAAGAAGAAGGAACUGAGACAAGGAACUACAAGAACCAAGGAAGAAGCACAAGAAUCCCAGAGACACACAAGGAACCUGAGAAGAAGAAGAAGGAAAAGAGAAGGAAAAAGGAAGAAGAAGCAGGAACAGGAACCACACACAAGGAAGAGGAAGAAGGACCCCAGCAGAAGGACACAAGAAGAAAAAAGAACCACAGUAGAAGGAAGAAUAACUUAGUAGAAGAAGAAGGAAGAAAGAAGAAGAACUUAGUAGUAGUGAACCACAGGAACUACAGUAGUAUACAAGGAACAGAAGCAGUAGAAGAAGGAACCAGAAAGACAGAAAGAAGAACCAGGAAGCCAGAGAAGGAAAAUAACCCAGACACACACAGAAGGACCACAGGAACCCAGAAGACACACACAAGGAAGAAGAAGGAAAAAAUAGAAGGAAAUAGUAGAAGAAGAAAAAGAAAAGAAGAAAUAGUAGAAGGAAGAAGGAAAUAUGGAAGUGAAGGAAAUAAAGGAAGGAAGGAAGAAGCAGUAGUGAAAAAUAGUGAAGAAAAGGCCAGUAGAAGGAAGGAAGAAAGGAAAGGAAGUAGCUGGUAG